AUAAGAAGACAGAGAAGGCCAACCACUCCCAUAUCUCUACACUCUUUUUCUUUUCCUCACCAAACCAAACACAAAACCUCAACUUCAAACAGCUUCUGAACAACUCUUGAAACCAAAGACUUCUCUAAUGUCGGAAGAGAUACGCGAGCACGGUAGUGACACCAACCCUAAACCUUCUCCACCGCCGCCAAAACGUGGCCUCAUCAGCCGCAAGAGACAGCUCGUGUUUCUCUCCCUCAUGAUAUUACUAGCCGCAAAAGGACUCGUGGGGGUAGGAGAAGUAGCGUUUGUGAUACUAUCUUACAUAUACUUGUAUGAGUUCAUCUCCAGGUUUGCCUUCCCACGCAAGAAAAACGAGCAGAAGAGGAGACUCUCGAACCCUAAAAACAAACUCUUCCAAACUUACUUCCUCGCCACUGCUAUUAUCGGCCUACUCUUCCCAAUUUGCUACAUCGGAGAUGGACUAUACCGGGGAGACAUUCACGGUGUUAGAGCCGCAGCUCCACAUCUCUUCCUCCUCUCCGGUCAAGCCUUCACAGAACCAAUUGGUUUCUCUGACCGGUUUGCGACUCCCAUUGGUAUUCUUGGACCGGUUUUCUACAACGCUCGUCGUAUCUUCGCGCUGUUGGAUUGGGUCAAAGCUGAGUUCUCAGAUACUCAGCGUCCUGGUGGUCCAGUGAGAUUGUACGGAGGAAGAGCCAUUGCUUCUGUUAACACUGUCAUGUGGUUUUACAAUCUGUUUGGUCUCUUGUUGCCUGUGUUUCUUCCUCGGUCUUGUGAGAUUUACUUCUCAGCCGACAACAAAGGAGAUUAGUUUCUGAUCUCUUUUGUCUACUGUCUACUUCAGAACUCUUGUGUUGUGUUUGUGUUCUUGUUUCCAUCAGGUAAAGAUUAUUGUUAAUAAAAGCGACCGUUUAUGAUUGCAUGA